GACCGUAAUUUCUCAAUGGGGUUUCCCGGAGAGUUACACAACCAGUUCUAUAAAUAGAGUUACAUUUAUGAAACAUACCCAUAUCUCAUCUCAUCGAAUAGAUAUUAUCAUAACCUCUUCUCUACACAUCUUUUCCCAUGGAAAAUAAGAAGAUGCCUCUCUCCCUUGAUGUUAAGGAUGUUGUGAUUGUUAAACCAUCCAAGCCUACACCUUGUCAUAUUCUCCCACUUUCCUCCAUUGACAGCAACCCUGAUCUCAACAUUCUCUGCCACACCAUUUAUGUGUACCAGGCAAAUCCUGAUUCCCCAAAUGGCCAACUAGACCCUGCUCAUGUGAUCAAAGAAGCCCUCUCAAAGGCUUUGGUUCACUAUUAUCCCCUUGCAGGGAAGAUAACAGCACUUGAUGAUGGAAAACUUGGAAUAACAUGCAAUGCCGAUGAUGAUGGAGUACCAUUCUUGGAAGCAACUGCUAACUGUAACCUCUCUUCUCUUCACUAUCUUGAAGGGAUUGAUGUUCCAACAGCACAGAAAUUUGUGUAUGAUAACCCUUCAAAAGACCAAACUAGUGAACAUCUCUUGGUUUUCAAGGUGACCAAGUUCCAAUGUGGGGGUUUCACAGUUGGAAUGGGCUUGUCCCACACCGUUUGUGAUGGGUUUGGUGCAUCUCAGUUCUACAGAGCCCUGUCUGAACUUGCAAGUGGAAAAAAAUGUGAGCCUUCACUGAAACCUGUGUGGGAAAGAGAGAGACUAAUUGGGACAGUUCUUAAGGAACCUCUCCAAUUUCCCAUUGAUAAAGCUUCAAUGGCAGCUUCACCAUUUUGGCCAACUACUGAGAUUUCUCAUGAAUGCUUCAACCUUAAUGGUGAGAGCAUUCAAAGACUCAAAUUGGAACUGAUGAAGGAAAGUGAGAGUGAAAGUGUGAAGGAAAGCUUCACAACUCUUGAAACACUUGGUGCCUAUGUUUGGAGGUCAAGGGCUAGAGCUUUGAAACUGAACACUGAUGGGGAAACUCUGUUUUGUUUAGCAGUGGGGGUGAGACACCUAUUGGAUCCACCUUUGCCUGAAGGGUAUUAUGGGAAUGCUUUUGUGGCUUCAAAUGUGGUGCUAACAGUGAAAGAACUUGAUGAAAAGCCACUGUCAGAGGUCCUGAAGCUCAUCAAAGAGAGUAAGAAGCUUCCUUCUAAUAAGGAAUACAUAAAAAACUCAGUCAACAUGUUGGAGACAAUGAGGAAAUUGGGGAUUAGGGUUCAAGCAACAGGUGCAUCAGUGGUAUUGACAGAUUGGAGGCAACUGGGUUUGUUGGAAGAAGUGGAUUUUGGAUGGAAGGGUUCAGUGAAUAUAGUGCCAGUUCCAUGGAACAUGUUUGGAUUUGUGGAUUUGUGCCUUUUCUUGCCUCCUAGUAAGUUGGAUCAUUCAAUGAAAGGAGGGGUUAGGGUCUUUGUGUCCCUCCCCAAAGCAUCCAUGCCCAAGUUUAAGGAGGAAAUGGAGGCCCUCAAGGAAAGUGAUGAGGGUAUCAUCUAGCCAUGAAAAUUGAAAACUCAGAUUAUUUCUUCUUUUUAAGUUCUGUCAGUGUGCUAAUUUUCGUUUUGCUUUUUACUAAGCAAUGUCACCCUACUUGUAAUAAUCUUCACAUUUUUGUUCUUUUACUAUGCUAAUUUCCAUUAAGAAAUGUUUGAUUGACUAAACAGUCUGGACGACCAUUUAUUAUUAAUUGAAUAAUUUAUCUGAUAUUCAGUAGUUUAA